AUGGGUCAAAAGCUCUUCUUUGAACAACAAGAUGAUCUCGCAAAAGAGACGCACAAGCCAGCAGACAAGAGCGGCUAUGUUUUCGGCGCUCAUGCAGCGGAAGACCGCAUCCGAGACAAAGAUAAAAGGAUACCCAAGACUAAGAAGAUGUAUCGCAAAAUCGUCGAUCAGUAG